UAAUUAUGAGGUCGCUGGUCUGACAAUAGUGUCAAUAGGCAGAAAGGUUAUUAUGAGAAAAUAAAUAGAGUCUAGAUCUAUAUAAAUCUAGAUUUAACGAUUCUCCGGACGAAUGAACUUAAACUUAAGAGUACUCACUCAGUGACAGUCGUCUCAGUAAACUCAGUGAGUUACUUACUGACUGAGUCACUGAGUAAUGACUACUUCUCAACUACAACUACAAGUUACAAGUACAACUACUAGAUUUAAAAUUUAACUAGAUUUAACUAGAUCUACAUUCAUAUUAGGAGGAUGUCUUCCUUAAAUCCACAUAGAUUACUUUGCAAACCAAAAGAAACUUUAAAGGCUAUUAGUUCAUUAAAUGCUUUGUGCUGCCAGACUCUAACUAACUCUGACUAUAAUCAUCAGUAUAAAACUCAACCAUUGCUACUUAAAGGACAUGUUUCCCAUAGAAAAGAAUACAGAUGUUAUAGUACAGACAGCAGUUCCUUUAAGGUACUCACUGAGUCUACCAUGUUGGUGCAAGAUGGUAUUAACAUUGAAGAGCUGCCUAUAUUAAUUCGAAGAGCCACUCGCAACUCUUUCCCUUUCACAUCACACUCUUACACUGGCGAGAAAGUCUGCCAAGAAACUGAGUUUGACAACACUUUUCGUUAUGUUUUGCAGAGUUGUACCUCUGUCAAUGAUAUAUUCAGACUUUUAGAAGUGCCAUCUGAUAAAGUGAGGGGGUACUCAGCAGCAUUUGCCCUGCAGAGGCUUCACAUUCUAAAGCAUCUAAAUACAGACUGGAAUCAAAUUCAUUCUUUCAUACGUUCAGCUGUCAUGCGUGAACUGUACGAUACUGUUGAGCAAGACAUUGGACUUCUUGCUAACACAGCACUUAUAUCCCUUGUUGAUUGUUACAUAGCAGCAGAAGGCUUUAGUCCCUCUUGUCUUAAUGCUGUCAACACAGAAGUGCAGAUUCGACUUGGGGAAGGUCAGUUCUCCAUUGAAGAGCUUCUUACUCUGGCCUGCAUUUUAAAAUCUGGUACUGAAAAGAUAUCUAAAGAUUAUCUACCAACUGUUAGGUCCAAGCUGCCACCAAUGAGCAUAGUUUCAGAAAAUGCUUCCAGGUUUUUAAGCAAUGAUGACCAAGAUACACUCAGGCAAGAACACUUUGACAAAUAUUGUGCUAGAACAGGGCCAGAAGCACGUGAAGAGAUCAAAGCUAAGUGUGAAGAACUUUCCAAUAAUGUUUGGGUGCAUUUAUUCUCCAGGUACAAAGAACUCAAUGAAGAAACAUUUCCAUCAACUCUUCAGGCACUUCCAUUUAGCUACAGAAGCAUGGUGACUUUUCUGGAGAAACCUUUGAAUCACUUUUGGGUCAAGUUGACACCUGACAGUGUAGCCAUCAGCCUCAAAAACCUUUUACGUUUGAGAACCAACAACUCAUCAAUAAUGAUCAAUCUUAGUCGCUGGGCAUAUGUACAUAUCCAUAAGAUGACACCUCCCUUAAUGUUGUCAUUUCUUAACACCUUUCUUCAGUUUAACUUUGUGGAUGAGAAUUUAUUCAAAGUUAUAGAAAGAUGUCUUCAAUUAAAAGGAUUGCAGGUUCAGACCAGUGUCAUUGCCAUGUGCGUUGAGUAUAGUCGAUAUUGUCGAUAUCUUUCCCCCCUUAUCAUGGAUGCUGCAGCCAACCACUUUACCCAUUAUGGAUACUCCUAUGAACCACUUCAACUUUAUGCAGUAUUGAGAGCAUUUGGACAGUUGAAUUACCUCCCUUCUCAACCAGAAGCCUUUUUAAAAAUGGUGGAGAGUUGUCUGUGGGACAGAUUUGAUCACCUGAAUGAGGCGCAUCUGCUGGAGAUUCUAGCCUCCUUCACCUUUAUCAACAUUUUACCCAAAAACUUCUCACAGCGUGUGGCAAGCGAUUACUACUUUGCUAAGGUUUCUAAGUUGAAGUCUCCAGACAAAACCAUAGCCAGCACCUGGUUAAAAGUGAUGAAGCAUGCCAUUGUGAUGGAGAUGAGCAAUGACCCUCAGAAAUGUUUAACUUGGCUGUUGAAUAGAAACAGUAGAGGGACUUAUUUCAUGUACCAUGACAGUUAUAAAAAUGCAGCGAAAAGUGUCAAGUUUGCUUUAAACCAAAUGUUUGGUCCAAAGUUUCAUCAUUCAUUACCAUUUUAUGGAUGUCAUACCAUUAACCUAGACAACAGAGGUGCACCUGUGGAAUUUAUUUACUCUCAGGCAGAUGGUCUUCAAAACAGUGAAAAGAUUGUUAAAAAGCUUGCCUUACUUCUGAGAAGUGCUGAUCAUUUCAUCACCAACACAAAACAACUGCUGGGGGUCCAAGUACAGAGAGUAGCUCACUUAAAGAAGUUAGGUUACAUCCCUUUAGAGAUAAGAGUAAGUGAUAUUUUGUUUGCUGAGAGGAUCUCUGAGGUCAUGCUUGUUGAUGUGGUCAGACAGCAUCUCCAGCCACAUGUGAACUUUGACCAAUUGCCUGAAGUAUGUGGGAAUCCACUGGGGCAGGUUGAGCCUUUCCACCUGGAGCAGAGCCUGAGUGACUGGCUGGGUUAUGACGACCUGCUCAAUCAGGGCACAGAUGAUGUGGAUGACUUUGACCUCAUCAAGGCACUCUUGAAAAGCAAAUCAAUGUCAGAUCAGAUGAAACCAGACCCUGAUGAUCCUCAGUCUACUUGACCAGUUAAAAAGUUUUUAAAAAGUAUUUAGGAAUGAACUGGAAUACAUCUGAGUUACUAAAUUAACUUGAAGACCAUUUGUAAUAAAAUGGUGAAAAGUUGAACAAUUUUUUUUUCUACUAAGUAAAAACUGGAGUCCAUAGUAAAUUGAACAGUAGUACAGAAAAAUUUGAGAAAUACAAUAUUCUUCAUGAUU